AUGAUAAAUAAUGCCUCCGUUCGCUUUCAAAAAGAACAACGAGUAUUUCAACAAUUAACACAUGGAGACGCAUUAAUCGAUGCAUUAACCACUCUUUAUAACAACACUUCCAAGUGUCAAUACCGACAAGACACCGCAAAUAAAUUCAUACAAACAUAUAAACCGAUAUGUCACCAAAUGUCCAAAUCAAAAAUAUCCCUAAAAGAUUUUCAGCUACUCGACAAGGACUCCUUUGUCGAAGGUGCCUUUGGAAAAGUCACCAUUGUUAAAAGCAAAUACGACCCUGACACCAUUUACGCCAUGAAAACACUCAACAAAUCCUACCUCAAUAACCAAAUUGACCGUUCUUCUCCUAUGGAAGAGCGUCUUAUCCUUUCCAACCCAGAUGAAGAAUGGUUGCCCAAACUCUACGCUGCCUUCCAAGACACCAAAAACUUAUACCUCGUCAUGGAAUACGCUCAUGGUGGUGACCUCGAGAAUUUAAUGGACAGAAGAAAUAACUCUUUUACAGAGAACGAAGCCAAGUUCUAUUGCGCCGAAUUGAUCUUGGCCGUAGAAAGAGUCCACCAGUUGGGUUACAUGCAUCGAGAUAUCAAGCCUGCUAAUAUACUUAUCGAUAGUCAAGGUCACAUCAAAUUGGGCGAUCUUGGCUCUUGCAUCUCCAUAGAUACCACCGAAUCACUCUUUAUGGUAGGCACUAUGCCUUACAUCUCGCCCGAAAUGUGCAACUUUAAUGAUGGAGGUCCCGGCUAUGGUCCCGAAGUCGAUUGGUGGUCUGUUGGCAUCGUUCUCUAUGAACUCAUCUUUGGUCAAACACCAUUUACAGGUCGAGAUCUUCAGAUUCAAAUGAGUUUAUUAAACCCUGAUAUUGCCGUGGAAUUCUUGCCCGGUGUCUCAAUUUCAGAAGAAGCCAAAGACCUUUUGACUCAA